AUGGGAUGGGUCCGUAGUAAACCACCAGUGGAAAUCCAACUACCAGAAAAUGAUGCACGUAUCCUCGCAAAGUAUGAGCACCGUGCCAAGCAGUUUGAUGAAAUGAUCAAAAUAUGCUGCUGUUGGAUCGGAUACGAUGUCCUACUUGAUUUUAUACCCGUCGUGGGCAAGAUUAUUUCUUUAGGCUUCUCGCUUUCCAUGUAUAACCUUGCAUGCAAAACAGUUCUUCCACGAGCACUACGACGUCGUAUGCUCUAUCACAUCUCAGUGGACUUUGUGUUGGGGUUGAUACCUAUUCUAGGCAUUGUUUUGACGGCAUUGUAUAGAGCCAACACAAAGAAUGCCCGAUUAUUACGGCGGUUUUUGUAUCAAAGAGCAGAGGCACGACAAAAGCAAGAACAAGAAAUGAAUCAAGGUGGCAUAGGAUCAUCAUCACAGCAGCAGCAGCAACAAGAAUCACCAUCCACAGCAUCUGCACCGGCAGCAGUAGAAGCAAAGGACAAGCAACAUACAUCUCCACCCCUACCACCUAGACCCUCUGCAACACCUCCAGUAUCUUCUUCAUCUUCUCCACCUCCAACACCACCGCGUAACAACACUUAA